AGUGAGCUCCUCGGACGCACGACAACACACCAACUGAAGUGGAAAGCGGCUCCUGUUCUUCUCUUUAUCCCAUUUCGGGCACUGCGUACAAGGCGGUCCGGCUUCAGACUGCCGCAGGACUGAAUCAAAAGCAACAGCUAAGAAGAUAAUCGCGCAUUUGCCUCUAUCGCCACUAUCAUUAUUAGAUUUUUUUUUUCUUUAUGACACCAAUUUAGUACCUAACUUACUAUUUUUUAUAGGUGGAAAAGCAAUUCUGUUUUUGUUUUCCGUCUCGAAGAUUAAAUUUAACUAAUGACGGCAGAGGUUCAGCAGCCCCCAGCACAGACUCCUGCCCAGAGCAGCCCGAUGUCUGCUCCGGAGAAGCCACACGGACAAACGGUGGUGAUGGAAACUGCCUCCUCCACUACGAAAACCAAAAAGACAAACGCAGGGAUCCGACGACCAGAGAAACCACCUUAUUCCUACAUAGCUUUAAUAGUUAUGGCUAUUCAGAGCUCUCCAACAAAACGCCUGACCCUCAGUGAAAUAUAUCAGUUUCUACAGAGCCGCUUCCCGUUUUUUCGGGGCUCGUACCAGGGAUGGAAGAACUCCGUGCGUCACAACUUGUCCCUGAACGAGUGCUUCAUUAAGUUGCCCAAAGGCCUCGGUCGACCGGGGAAAGGACACUACUGGACUAUUGACCCGGCUAGUGAGUUUAUGUUCGAGGAAGGCUCCUUCAGAAGGAGACCCAGGGGUUUUAGGCGCAAGUGCCAGGCGCUGAAGCCCAUGUACAGCAUGAUGAACGGCCUGGGAUUCAACCACAUCCCCGAGUCUUACAACUUCCAAGGGAGCGGCGGGGGCCUAUCCUGUCCGCCCAACAGUUUGUCUCUGGACAGUGGGAUUGGGAUGAUGAAUGGACACUUGGCAGGUAACAUGGAAGGGAUGGGUCUGUCCGGACACUCCAUGUCACACUUGUCGACCAACAGUGGACAUUCCUACAUGGGAAGUUGUACAGGAUCCACUGGGAGUGAUUAUCCCCACCACGACAAUUCCGCCUCCCCUCUGCUCACCAGCGGAGGAGUCAUGGAGCCUCAUCCCGUAUACUCGAGUUCAGCCUCUGCGUGGGCUCCAGCCCCUUCGGCCUCAUUGAAUAACGGGGCUUCCUACAUCAAGCAGCAGCCUCUGUCCCCCUGUAAUCCAGGAGCGAACCCACUGCAGCCAAGUUUGCCCACACAUUCACUAGACCAACCAUACCUGCACCAGAAUGGCCACAGCACCACAGAUUUACAAGGUAUUCCUCGGUACCAUUCCCAGUCUCCCAGCAUGUGUGACCGAAAGGAGUUCGUCUUCUCGUUCAACGCCAUGACUUCCUCAGCCAUGCACUCACCGAGCAGCGGCUCCUACUAUCACCACCAACAGGUCUCCUACCAGGACAUUAAGCCCUGCGUGAUGUGAUGUCCUCCGCGGACAGUCUAGAGACUAGAAGAUGGUGUCACAGACUUGAGCCAUGAAGCAAAACGGACUGAAAUGAACAACGAAUGAGUAAACUACCACUGAGAGGCAUGCCCCAGUCCUGGAGAGUGCUCACUGCUUCAAGUAGAUCGGACUACUUCUCUGUACUGUUACACACAGCGAAAGAGACACGGAGACAGGCCAAUUAGAAAGCAACCACAUAAUAAUAUAUAAUAAUAAUUAAAAACAAACUCCUUUAUUCCAUCUUCAUCAACAUCGACCAGCGGGGUAAAGCGUGGGCGUAAGACACCCUGCUGUUGUUUGGUACUUAGUCCUGCAGAGCGGAUGACUACCACUUCACACUUUUGUUCUUGUGUAUUCAUCUUGUUAAAGUAGGUCAAUGUUUAAAAAAAAA